AUGACUAGGAGUGAAGACGCGAUUGGAAUUCUCAAGUUGAUCAAACGUGAUAUGGACAAAUCCGAUAGGAAUCGACAGUACCGCUUUUCUAGCGCCACGCACGUAAUCUGCCUACCAGAUAUUCGUGAAAACUUUCAGAAAUUCCACGACUUACCAAAACCUCCCCGAUCCAUAUCUGGUGCUGGGGAUUCUCCACAGCAGCUCAAUAUGUUUGUCCGCAGUGGCAACAACUCCGGCGACGAGCACACCCUCGAUUCUGGAUACAAGUCUGAUCACGACACGCAAUCUGAGCUCGGGAGUGAUAGGCCAGUACUACACUGCUAUCGUCUUGUUGAGGGAAUGAAAGACCGCCCUUGCACUUCCAGGUCUGACUGUUCAGGCAAGCUCGCCCGCCGCAGAGCAUCUUCCGAGUCUCCUCGUGCCAAAGCAGAGUUCAAGGACUUGUUACCUCCACAAAUGAGCGUUGAAGAACAUUCCGACAGCCAAGAGCAGCAAGAGGCCCAGCAAGAAGCUGAAGUCUGCGAGACUGACUCCGAAGACGAAAUCUCACUGGAUUUCAACAUUCCAUAUGUGACUCCGGAGAGUUUCCCUGUCGUUCCCCUCCCGAGGACGCUCCUAAGGGCUGGUUACAAAACCGCUGCAAGGAAGGUCAAGAAGCUCAAUGCGAAAGGCAAAGAAAAGGCCCAAGUCCAGCAGGAGUUUGAUGGAUCCUCCGUCUUGUCAAAGGAAAGCAACACCCAACGUCAACCCGAGGACAGGAGGCUGCUUGCUGAAGUACUUGUACCGAGACAGAGAGCACAAUUCAGCUUUGCGGAUGCUAUAGAGGCGACUGAAGGACUGAGGCAAUUUAGUGACGGCGAUGGCAGUGAAAUUGAAGAUGAGUUCACCAGUUCACAGGCAAACGCCUCACCCUCAUGUUUGCUUACUCUUGCACCAGGGCCGACCCGGAGUCCACCCAACUUUCAUCACCUUUUCUAUCAACAAAACUCCUUUCUGUCCAUCCGCAACAUCUCGUACAACAUCAUGUUGUCUCCCGAAGGCCAACGUGCAGUACUCCAGCUGUGGGCAAACAACACGGACGUUGUGGUCGGUCCGAAAGAAGAACCUCAGGCCGCCUUCAUCCGCUUGGCAGGAGUCAAAGGCUGGCUUGAAGGUGACGUGAAUUGGUGCAUAUACUGGCAGUCUUGUUUCGGCGAGGAUUAUCGUCGUUCUGGGGAGGAUUCAGUGCAAGCAACUACGACCAUGCAGGCUACGCCGACCUCAGGAAAGAUGAACGACGAUAUAGCGACUCCUCCUGCUGAUCUUGUAGAGCGCAUGCGCCGGCUGUCCGUCUCCUCCGAGACUUCGUCGUUCUCAAUCAUCUCCGCAGCAUCCAGCGGGCAUUCAGUUCAGUCCCUCGACUCCAAUGGUUCCCUCACGGGCGGCGUUCAGGUACUGCAAGACCCCCAGUCCAAAAGCAUUGUACUAGAAAAAGAGAAAGAGAAAGAGAAAGAGAAAGAAAACGCGAAAGAAAAUCCUGCUUCUACUACGACUGCUGCUUGUCUCCCGCCUGCUCCAACUACUAAGGCCAACGUGGAGGCAGCAGCCGGAGAUAAGGGUAACGCCGAGUUCACGCCGACACCGUCAGCAUGCCCGUUCUGGUACCAAUUUACAGGCUUCACCCCGUCACCUACUGCCAAGUUCAGAGAUGAAUUCAACCGCCUUGCACAGCACCAGAAGUGGAGUAAGAAUCAGAGGCGAAAAUUUCAACUGCAGGCGCUCAAAGCCGAGAUUGCAUUCCACAGUGGCACAUGCCUACAGAAGCUAGCCAAAUGGCAGAAUCUAUGCGAAGAAAUGGGCGUGGCGGAGAAUCUGCCUUCAAUAAACCAAUGUAAAAUGGCUCUCAAGAAAGUCUACGUCAAUCUCUGGAACGUAAUCGACCACCGCCGCAACCCUGAGAUUGCCAUCAAGCGGUUCAAAUCUCGCACCCAGUUCUGCAAGGCCAUUCGUUCUGGCACACCUUUUCCACGUGACAUCGCCAAGCAGGACGGCUUCAUCAACGUCUUACUUCGCACAAUCUAA